AUGGCUAGUUUCUGCGACAAGGUUGAUACCUACCAGGCAGCUCUCCUGAGCGUCUUCACCGGCAAACCCGAGGACACGGAAGCGGACUUGUCUAAGCUCCUCCAUCCAUCCUUUACGCAACGCAACGACACCACAACUCGCAACUUUGCCGACUUCGUUGCCCACAUUAGUCACAUUCGCCAAGUCUUGAGCGCCGGCAGCGUCGAUUUGACUGUUACUCAAUUCUUGCGUGAUGGCAAUCAGAUUGCUGAAAGACAUACUUCGACCAUGAAGAUGCCCGAUGGAACCGUUCGAAAGGCGGAGAGUUUCCAGUUUGGCGAGAUUGCGGAGGAUGGACGCAUUGUUUCGAUCAUCGACACUAUGCUCCGAUGGUUUACCUGUGCUGGGUGA